AUGGCAUAUAACAACACCCAACGAUACCUGUUGCUGUCGGACUACUUCUUCCUGACCGUGUACCUGACAAGUGUGCUUGUGGACGGGUUUGAGUACGUGACGAUUUUCCGCAAGGUGCCCAAGAAGGGCGUCUCGCGCACGUCUGGAUGGCGGGUGCUGGGAUCGAUUGGUGCGAGGGCGUUGGUGACGGUGCUCAUUCUGAACUACCCCAAGUCUGCGAAAAACAUCAGUUUCAGUGUUCUGAUUUCGUCCUCGAUGCUGGUGGACUGUCCGCGCCACCUGUACAACUUCUACAAGGUGCGGACGUUUGGCGGGUCUGUGUGGUGGCUCACGAACCUGCGACGCAUACUGUUUGGUCUGCUGAGCCCCGUGCUCGCGGCCAGCGAGGCAGCCAUGCUCUUCAUCUGUCUGAGACUCAUGGAGACCGAGUACGGCUACUACAGAGACCACAUCGACUACGACGUGUGGGCCGACCGCGCGGCGGUGCUGGUCAAGGGCGUCCUGUUUGCGUAUGCGCCAGUGUUCUAUAUCACAUACAAAAACAAAAUGACAGCAUUCUGGAGACUCAACACGGACAGCACCAAGAAAACCAACUGA